AUGCCGCGCAAACAAAGGAAAGGGAGCACAAAAACCAACGGUUCCCCUGUGGAAGACAAACAGCAGACUGCCUCUAACCUGGCCCUGGCCACUAAUUAUGAAGAGAUACACAAGAAUGAGGCGGACGCCCUGCGUUCAAUAUACGGUGACGAGUUCGAGGACGUAGAGACAAAACCCUCUGCGUGGAAUCAAUCCUCGACAAUAUCCUUUAAGCUGCAGCUCAAGGCGUCCUCAAAUCCUGAGGUUCGAGUCUGCCUUUUGGUUGAACUGCCGACGACUUAUCCCAAAUCAGUUCCGAUAUUAAAACUAGAAACUGUUCAAGAUGUCAGACAGAGUGCCAAAGAGCGGCUUGAGGGCGUUCUGAAGUCCAAGCCAGUAGAACUCCUGGGGUCCGAGAUGAUAUAUGAACUGGCUGUUGCCAUUGAAGACGUCCUGGAAGACUGUGCGCAGGCACAAGCCCAAGACAAGGACCUACCAAGCCUCGAGGAGGAACGUAUAGUCCAGGAGGCUGCUGCUCUUCAGCAGGCCGAGAAGCUGAAGCAGGAGGAGUUAGCUCGACAGCAAGAAGCAACCGUUGAGGAGGAGAAAUCAUUACAAUUGCUAGUUGAAGAUAAACUGAAGCAGCGUCAAAGGGAGAACGAGCAGUUGUCUCGUCGCAAGAGUAGGACUAAUGCAGAAGACUUUGGUCUUUUGGAGUCUGUUAUCGAUGUCCCGGAUGCAAUAUCGUUCGAUCCCCCAAUGGCCAUCACAGGUCUGCAUGAUCGCCCCCUAUGGUUUAAAUCAGUUAGUGGGAAGAAUAUAAUUGGCAAAUCUCAUUACAAGGAAACGUUCUUAGUGAGGCCGAUUGUCCCGGGAAACACACCGUUGGUACCACUCCUUGUUUUAAAGGAGAUAUUCAUCCAGGAAAGUGAACAUAAGGAUAUUGAUCUCCGGUUCCAGAUCAGCGUGAGUGAGGAUAAACUUGAAUUCUUGAAGAAGCUUCGUCAUCCCAACCUUGUGGAUUUCAUUGGCUUCAAAAUCCAACGUCCCAUUGAUUCAUCCUCAAGUCAAACCGGCACCUGGCACAUAUAUGCCCUCUUUGAGCAUGCUAACAAGGGUUCCCUAUCUGAACUACUGGAUAUUGUCGGCAGCGUUCCGGCAGAUAAUGCCAGAGCCUGGAUGAUCCAGCUGGUCGAGGCUCUGGAGUAUUAUAAUCGUCACGGUGUGGUGCAUGGAAAUAUUCACUGUGGUCGUGUUCUGCUCUUCAGAAGCCCAUCGAGUACAACAACAGUAAAACUGCUCGGUAAUGUGGAGGAAGUACUCCCGCUAUCAUCUACAGCGAGAAGAAGAAGUCUUACAACACCAAAAUCUCCAUUCUGGUUACCUCCAGAACUCGCAGGUGAAGGCAUGAAACCAACCAUCAAGGCUGAUGUUUGGGAUCUAGGUAUCCUGUUCUUGCAAAUGGGCUUUGGGAAAGAUAUCCUACAACGGUAUACAUCCGCAGAUGCCGUCAUCAACUCCAUGGAACUAUCCCCUCAACUAGAGGACAUGCUUGUUGAAAUAUUUAGAUCUGACCCUAAAAAACGUCCGACACCGUUCCAGAUCCAACCAUUUGAGUUCUUUCGCGUUGACACACCGUUGAUCGUCCCCACUGGAACUCCUGGCUCGUCUUCCCUUCCCCAUCGCACUCGUCAUGAUUCCCAGGGUCACUUAGCAGCAGUCUCCCGUUACAGUCAUGAUUUCGAUGAAGUUGGCCGCCUUGGAAGGGGAGGUUACGGCCUGGUUGUCAAAGCUCGGAAUAAAUUGGAUGGCAGGUUCUACGCUGUCAAAAAGAUAUCCCAAAAGUCCCCUGUUGCUUUAAAAGAUACCCUAUCAGAAAUCAUGCUACUGUCAAGACUCAAUCAUCCUUAUGUUGUGCGAUAUUUUACGGCAUGGCUAGAAGAGAAUUACGUUGCAAUGAGUGAUGAUGAUGGCUCGGAUGCCAUUCUGUCUUCAGACGGCUCCGGUUCCCAUUCGGGAGAUAAUGUCGAGUUUGGCUACAGCACUAGUGGACUAGAUUUCAUCAGCUCCAGUGGUUACCCAAAGGUUGAAUUCGGAUAUGAUACCGAUGAAGAAGGGGAAAGUGAUACCAUUUCAGAUGGCACUGGCGCUCAGAAGAAGGGGACCAAUGCUAGUACUACGGAGGAGGGUGUAUCCCUUCGCCGGGUAAGGUCAGGCUCGCAGUCACGAGUUAUUCCUACAACCCUAUAUAUCCAGAUGGAAUAUUGUGAGAAACACACUCUACGAGACCUUAUCAGAUUUGGAUUGCAUGAAAAUAUUGAUUCUUCAUGGAGACUCUUCCGACAGAUCCUUGACGGUCUCAAUCACAUCCAUUCCCAUGGCAUUCUACACAGGGACCUCAAGCCAGACAAUAUUUUCAUUGAUAUGGCGAAUAACCCGCGAAUUGGAGACUUUGGCCUGGCUACAAGUGGACAACUUAGCUCAACCGACCGAUCGCCUGCCCUGGAGAACAUAGGAGCCGGUUUUACUCAGAGUGUUGGUACCACGUAUUAUGUCGCUCCAGAGGUUAAAAAGGCUUCUAUGGGACAGUAUAAUGAGAAAGUUGAUAUGUACUCUCUUGGUAUUAUCUUCUUCGAAAUGUGCUAUCCGCUUGAGACUGGAAUGGAAAGAGAUCGGAUACUCCAGGGUAUCCGGCAAAAGGAGCAUACCCUUCCGGAAGCGUUCAAUCUCCCAGAAAAAGUGGCACAGGGAGAAAUAAUUCUCUCUCUCAUUAGCCACCGACCUAGUGAACGUCCAACCACAACUGAGUUGCUUCAGAGCGACAAAAUACCGCUACAGGUUGAGGAAGAGAUGUUCCGGAAAGCAGUCAUGGGACUCCUAUCUGACCCUGAAUCUCCUGAUUAUAAAAAAAUACUCUCCGCGAUAUUUUCCCAGCCUCAAAAGAAGUUUGAAGACAUUGCAUGGGAUAUAGACUCGCGUGCAAGUCCUACAGCUACAGAAUUGCUAUUGCACGGAGUAGUAAAAGACAAGCUUACUGCAUUGUUCCGAAAACAUGGAGCUGUAGAAACUUGCAGGCAGUCACUAUUCCCACGAUCAUCCCAUUAUGGCCCAGGCGCCGUCCGGCUUCUAGACCCAGGCGGAAAUCUAGUCCAGCUUCCCUACGACCUUACUCUUCCAAACGCUCGUGCUCUACCGAAACAGGAUUUAUCUAUCGAAAAGGCGUUUUCAUUUGGUACUGUUUAUAGGGAAUCUGUCCAUAGAGGCGAACCCAGGGGUCAUAAAGAAGUUGACUUUGAUAUUGUUUCCUAUAACACCUUGGAUCUACCUUUGAAGGAAGCAGAGGUAAUAAAAGUGCUGGAUGAGAUUAUUGACGAAUUCCCGCCACUGAGAUCUACCCAGAUGUGCUUCCAUCUCAACCACUCUGACCUCUUGGAGGCAGUUGUGGCAUUUUGCCGUAUCACGCCCGAACAGCGACCUAUCGUGAAAGAGGUCAUAAGCAAACUUAAUAUUGGGCAAUACACGAUGCAGAAGAUCAGAAGUGAACUCCGAUCACCGAGUAUCGGUGUGCCAUCGACUUCAAUUGAUGAUUUGUCGCGGUUCGAUUUCCGAGUUGUUUCAUAUCUGGAGAAGUUCAAAGUGAAGCGAAAAGUCUAUAUCAGCCCAUUGAGCAGCUUGAACGACAAAUUCUACAACGGCAGCGUGCUCUUUCAGUGCGUCUUUGAUAAGAAGAGAAGAGAUGUCUUUGCAGCCGGCGGAAGAUACGACAGUCUGAUCCAGGAAUUCCAGCCCAUCCUGCGCUCGAACCGUCCAAGAUCCCAUGCGGUUGGCUUUAAUCUUGGAUUAGAUAAAUUGAACGGGUCAAUGACAAACUAUCUGAAAGGAUCUAAUAAAUCUUUUCUUAAGCCAGAUGCAGAGGUUGGAAAUUCCUGGCGCAAAAAUAAAUGUGAUGUAUUGGUUGCUAGUUUUGAUCCUUCUGUCCUACGAACUGUUGGAGUUGGUAUUGUCUCGACUCUAUGGGCACACGACAUCAGCGCUGAGCUUGCAGCGGACACGACGCCUUCACUAGAAGACCUUCUUACCAGAUAUGUCGACGAUAACUACAGCUGGGUGGUCAUUGUCAAGCAGGACAGUAUUGAGAGGGGUUUGAGAGUCAAGAGUGUACAACGCAAAGAAGACUUUGACGUGAGAAGCUCAGAUCUAGUCCCCUGGCUUCGGAAUGAGAUGCGCGCUCGCAGGAAAUUCAAACAUGACCGACCCCCUGACUCUCCAAAGCUGGUCAAACAUCCUAGCCAGGUUGAGGCCAGCCUUUCAGGCAGAGAGAGAGAUUCGGAUGUUAGAAUCCUGACACCCCUUCACAAGAGCAAAAAGACUAAUAGGAGAAAUAUUGUUGAAUUUGCACUGCGUCGCUCUCGUGAAGUUCUGGACAAAGGCCUUGAUGGGCCCAUUGCUGCAAUAGAUGUCCGAGAUGAUGUUCUCGAGAGUAUUCGAGACACUCGUCUUUCGGAUCCGGAUAGCUGGCGGAAUGCCAUCCAGAGUGCGCCAUUGGUGGAAAGAAAAUACCUAGGUAAUAUCCAUGAGCUAUUGAUCGAUCUAGCGAGUGAAAGUGUUGCACCGGAUGGAACUGUGAAGUAUACCAACGCUUUCAUCUACAACUAUCGCACCGGAAACUGCAUUUAUUACGACUUGAAACGAGGAAAUUAA